UUUGAGCUUUGUGAAAUUUUCUGAUACUUCAGACUGACAUAUGAAUUCGUACACCAAAGACAACGUAUCCAACAUUCAGAAUGUUGAGCUGAUGGCCCAACUGUUGGCGGAAUCGAGCACACCCUUGUGCUAUGAGGCGAUCUUGGACAAGAUUGAGAAGCUCAAUGGUUGUCCCUUGUCAAAUAAGGACCGCCGCGAAACUAUGGCCACGCUGGAGGCGGGACAAAGGCUGGGGUACCUUCAGCUUCAAGGAGAACACUAUAUUGUCAAGUCCCUGACCCCUUUAUCUGACCGCAGUAGUCAAGCCAGAGGCCGACCUGUAAGCCGACGCGAUAGCCAACACCGGGGCCCGGCUCCAACCAGAAGCCGAUCUCCAAUCCGGCGCAAUCCUAUACCUUCCAACACCAUCGAUACCGAGACAGACAGCAGAAAGGAUUUCUUGAAAUCGCAAUGUAAAACAAUGUAGUGAUUUUCAAACUAAAUUCAUUAGACAAUAUUAUCAAACAAUAUAAAACAUGAAAAUGUAAGCUUUGUUGACAAUUUAAAACAUAUGUACGCAUGGAUGGAUUACCAAAUAAAUGGAUGGAGUGAA